AUGUCGGAUAUCGAAUCAAAGCAGCCUGGUGUCGAUGCCAAACCGGUAGCCCCGGCUAAAGUCGACCAGGCCUGGGAUUAUCUGGCCAGCCAUGCCGACAAUCAGAACACAGAUCAUGUUGAUCUAGCAGCAACUCGGCGCAAGAUCGAUCUGCGCAUCAUGCCGUUCAUGUUUUGCUGUUAUUUCCUGCAGUUCAUCGACAAGGUCAUGUACAACUAUGCAGCCGUCAUGGGCAUGAAAGUCGAUCUGGGACUCAAGGGGAACAACUUCAGUGAUGCUGCCAGUGCUUUCUUCAUUGCCUAUCUGGUGGCUGAAGUUCCUAAUGUAUACCUGCUCCAAAAGGUCCCCCCAGCCAAGUGGUUGGGAAUCAAUGUCGCUCUCUGGGGUGUCGCUGCUGCCGCUGCUGCCGGUGCCAAAGACUAUCCGACUCUUCUCACGUCCCGAAUCUUCCUCGGUAUUUUCGAGGCCACUGUCGGGCCCUCCCUGAUGCUUCUUAGCAGCCAGUACUACACGAAGCAGGAGCAAGCUCCUCGGUUUACUUUCUGGUACCUGGGUCUGGGCGUUGCUCAGAUCAUCGGAGGAAUCCUCUCGUUCGGCUUCCAGCAUGUACAUAACUCGUUCGAGGGCUGGAGGAUCAUGUUCCUGGUCAUGGGUCUGAUCACCGUGAUAGUGGGCGUCGCCACUUUCUUCUUCAUCCCUGACACGCCGAUGAAGGCGACGUUCCUAUCGGACGACGAGAAGAUCUCCAUCCUCAAGCAUGUCAGUGUCAACCAAACCGGCAUUCACAACACCAAGUUCAACUACAAGCACAUCAUCGAAUCCGUUCUCGACGUGCAGGUCUGGCUGUUGACCUUGCAGGUUGUUCUGCAAUCCGUUUCCAGCGGCGUAGUAACCACCUAUUCAUCCACCCUGAUCGCCUCCUUCGGCUUCUCCGGCCCCGUUUCCGCCCUCCUCAACACCCCCUCUGGCAUCGUCAGCAUCUUCUUCACCCUCCUCGUCGGCAUCGGCAUCCGCAAGGCCUCCAACCGUUGGGCCUGGGUCUUCCUCUGCUGCAUCCCAGGAAUCAUCGGCGGUGGUCUUAUGUCGUUCCUUCCCAAGACCAACCGCGCCGGCGUGUUGAUCGGCAUCUACCUCGUCAACUCCAUCGUCGCGCCCCUGCCCGUCAUCUACCACUGGACGGCGGCCAACUGCGCUGGGUACACCAAGCGCGCCUUCACCAGCGCCCUGGUAGCCGGUUCCUUCUCCAUCGGCAACAUCAUCGGCCCUCAGACCUUCCAGGCCCGUGACGCCCCGGAUUACCGGCCGGCUAAGAUCGCGGUGCUCGCGACCCAGGCGGCAGCGGGCGUGCUGUCCAUCGUGCUGUGGCAGUACUACGUCUGGGAGAAUAAGCGCAGGGAUCGUGCUCAGGCUGAACAGCUGGGAGGGGAGACGGUCGGGGAAGAGACGGCUUGGGUUGGUCUCACGGACAAGGAGAAUAAGAGUUUCCGCUAUGUGUAUUGA